UUUGAAUUGAAUAACUUAUCUACGCUCGACUGACCGCGUAUCCUAGGCGAAUAUUGUGUUGUCAUUAAGUGACCUAAAGACUAGUGAAGUAAUCUAAAGAUCUAAUUCUUUAUAAUACUCCAAAAAUACCUUGCCUUGAACCCAAACAAUUUAGCUUUAGUAUUUCAAUGUCUUGAAGGUAUUAUUCUAGGGAUAGUUUUCGAGACAGCAAGAUGGUCAGCACAGUUUAUAUGUCAAAGCUGCAAACAGAGCUUUAUAAGCAGAGGCAUGGGUUUGAUCCUUUGUCAAGAACUUUUCAGUCUGCUGUAGAACACAAUCCCGGGCUGAUUAACCAUCGAAUUACAACCUUCCCUGAAAGGUACAGCAAGUAUGUGCAUAAUACAGAACCAUACGCAAAGUGUCCCUGGGGACGCGCUCGUAGUUACGCCGGAGAUGCCGAGGUACAACUUCCUUUGGAGCACCGCCCCAAAUGCGAACCUCCCCAGCUGCUUCAAAAGGGCCAUCGUCACUUCGGUAGCGGAGCUCACCCACAACCAAGGGGAGCACCCGUAAAGCAGUACUACGAUCUGACCCAACUCAAAAAGAGCAAACUACGAUGGAAUGAUGAGCUACUUCCACGACCAACUACCGCUGAAGUGCAAAAAAGUCAAAUCUAUUUACCGUUUCCAAAGGAGUCACCUCUAACGUCCCACAUGUCUAGACAGGCCGUAUUUCCUCGUCCUGAGCCGUACUUAGGGUAUGAUCCACGAGGUCUUCCUACCACUCCUCCCUCAAGGGUUAUCAACAAGGCUAUGGGUAGCUAUGGGCGUCGAGAGGUUGAAUUAUACCAGAUUAACACGGCGAGCGCUGCUGAAGGUGGCCGUUUUGGAGCAACUGUUAAGCCUGUUACGAUAACAAAUCCAUUUUUCAAUCGACAUGACAUCAUCAGCGAGUUCAACCGCCUUCAUCCGAGCAACACGCCAACUUUACGUCUGCCAAUACAACGACUAAGAAAAGCAGACUGGCAUGCCAAUUAAACCAAGACAAAAAUGACAGCAUAAAAAAAAAAAAGAGUUUUGAAUCGAUUGACCAGCUUGACUUGUAGAAAAAGUUAUUUGAGUUAAUGCUAAUUAGCUACGUUUAUUUUUAACACAUUUAAAUUGUUUGAUUAUGAUUGCAUCAUUCCUGGGAUGAGUGAAUGUGACGUCAUAAGCCGCCAUAUUGGUUGACUUAACUGGUUUUUAAAACUGGCUUUAGAAGUUAGCUUCCUGUGUGCAAACGUUCCUUUCUGACGCUGUAUUUCCAGGAAUUCUCUAUUUAAGAACGCAAUGCAUCGUUUGUCAAUGAAAAUACUCCAGUUUCAAA